AUGGAAAAUAUUUUAAACCCAAAUUUUUUUUAUAGUUACAAUAUAUUAUUCAACUCUUAUUAUGGUUCUCCAUAUAGUAGUUCAAACUUGCUUAAUGGUUAUCAAUAUGAAUCUUCUGACUUACCGAUAUUUGAAUUUUAUGGUUCUUUGUAUGAUUCUUUUGAUCUAUUUCUUGAAGAUCAUGAUAUACUUAAUGAAAUCCAAAUAGGAAAUUAUAAUGUUUCAGAUGAUAAAGAUAGACAUUUUAAUUAUCAAGAACAAGAAUAUGAUGAUAGCGAAUAUGAGGAAGAAGAGAAUAAAUUAGAAUUAAAUGAUCAAGGGAUGGAAUUUGAAACAUAG